AUGGAUUUUAAUGAAUUAGCGGAUACAUACAAUGAAUUUAUUGAUGGGAAAAAUUAUGUGUGGGAUAGAAAUGAAACUGGGUCAAGUGAUGUAUUAAAUGAUAAGAAUCUUAUUGACAAUGACAAUACAGUAAAUGAAGUGGGUUAUGAUGAUAGUAGUACAAAUGAUGAAGACUGGAAUAAUUCUGAAAGUGAAGAUAGCGAUGAUUACAACACAAGUUCUAACAAUGAUUUAGUAGAUGAGGUUAAUGAGGAAGAAGCUGUGGAUUUGAGGUUAGAUGGGAAAGAGAAUAUGUCAAUAAUGAGUACCAAUGUUAAUGACUUGGAACCUACUAUUAGCAUGGUAUUUUCGACUGAUGAUGAGGCAUAUCAACGUUAUAACAGUUAUGCCAAGGAGAUGGGGUUUUCAGUUCGGAAAUAUAGGGUGGAUCGCUCAAAGUUAGAAAAACACGUAGUAUCAAGAUACUAUAUUUGUUCAAAUCAGAAUGAUUAA